AUGGCUUUACAACCUUGUCAACAAAUAUCUUUAGAUAGCCCAGCAGAACAGGGUUUUCUGUCGUUCUAUCGCUCGCUUCCCGAGAAACUUGAAACAACAUUUCGCGUUUUUGACAGAUCGGAUUUUUACACUGUACAUGGCACUGAUGCUUUAUUUGCAGCAAAAGAGGUUUACAAGACAACAAGUGUUAUCAAACACCUUGGAGGUGACAAGAAGGUUCCAUCUGUUGUUCUGAGUAAAAUGAACUUUGAAUCCAUGUUGAGAGAUCUGCUUCUUGUACGCCAGUAUAGAGUUGAGCUUUAUAGAAGUAAAGGUGGCAAAAAUGCAAAUGUGUGGGAAAUUGUUGCUAAGGCAUCACCAGGAAAUCUACAUCAGUUUGAUGACAUCUUGUUUGGAAAUACAGAGAUGUCAGCAUCAGCAGUUGUCAUGGCGAUUAAGCUUGGGAAUGACAAUGGACAAAGGAUCAUUGGUGCAUCUUAUGCUGACAAUGCAGGAAGAAAACUUGGCUUAUCUCAGUUUUUAGACAAUGAUCARUUCUCUAAUUUACAGGCAUUUCUUGUUCAGCUUGGACCCAAAGAGUGUUUGCUACCACAGAAUGAUACAAAUGCUGACAUAGUCAAAGUACAAGAGGUUAUUCGCCAAUCAAAUAUACUCAUAACUGAACGAAAAAAAGGUGACUUUUCAAAUAAAGAUAUUGUGCAGGAUUUGAACAGACUUCUUAAACUUGGUCCUUCUGGGAACAGUGCAACAUUACCUGAAAUGGAUAUGGUACAUGCAACUGCAGCUAUGGCAUCUCUUGUUAAGUACCUUGAGCUCCUAUCAGAUGAUUCUAACUUUGGACAGUUUCAUCUGGAGUCAUUUGAUUUAAGUCAGUUUAUGAAGCUGGAUGCUGCAGCUGUGAGAGCUCUAAACCUUCUACCAAAUGUUCUUGAUGGUGGAAACAAGUCAAUGUGUCUUCUUGGACUCCUAAACAAGUGUAAGACUCCUCAAGGACAGCGCCUAYUGGCACAAUGGAUGAAACAACCACUGAUGGACAAGAGUAAAAUUGAGGAGAGACUUGAUCUUGUUGAAGUAUUUUUUGAAGAUACUGAGUUGAGACAGAUGUUGCAGGAAGAGCUGAAGAACUUUCCAGACUUUGCCAGACUGGCAAAGAAAUUUCAGAGGCAGAAAGCAACGCUACAGGACUGUGUCAGAAUCUAUCAGACAAUACAGAAGUUACCCUCCUUCCUUAAGCUCCUUGAAAGCUACCAUGGCAACCAUGAAAAACUAAUCAAAGAGUAUUUCAAGUCUCCCUUGCAGGAACUGCUAGAGGAUUUUGCAAAGUUAAGCGAGCUUGUGGAAACAACGAUUGACCUUGAACAAGUGGAAAACCAUGAAUAUCUUAUCAAGGCAUCCUUUGAUGAGGGACUUCAAGAGUGCAGAGAGAGAAUGGAUGAAAUAUUGGAAAAAAUUCCUUUGGAACUGAAUAAGGCUGGUAGAGACUUAGGUUUGGAACCAGGAAAAACUAUCAAACUAGAGUCUAAUAACCAGCUUGGAUAUUUCUUUAGAGUCACAAGAAAGGAAGAAAAAGGGCUGCGUAAUAACAAGCGAUAUAUCACUCUUGAUACAAGAAAAGAUGGCAUACGGUUUACAAACUCUUCACUGAAGCAGUUAAAUGAUGAGUUCCAGGGCUACAAAGAAACUUACAAUGAUGUUCAGAGCAAGCUAGCUUCUGAGGUGUUAAGGGUUGCUGGUGGUUACAGUGAACCAAUGCAAUCAAUGAGUGAUGUAACAGCACAGCUGGAUGUACUGGUCAGCUUUUCUCAUGUUUCUGCUAAUGCACCCAUACCAUAUGUAAGGCCAACCAUUACACCUCAAGGUGAAGGUGAUAUCAACCUCAUGUCAUCUCGUCAUCCUUGCCUUGAGAUGCAGGAAGAUGUUUCAUUUAUUUCUAAUGAUGUUGAGCUUCAAAAAGAUGAUAAAAUGUUUCUCAUAAUCACUGGUCCAAACAUGGGUGGAAAGUCUACAUAUAUUCGACAGAUAGGUGUAAUAGUUUUGAUGGCACAACUUGGUUGCUUUGUGCCCUGUUCCUCUGCUCAGAUAUCUAUUGUAGACUGUAUUCUAGCUCGUGUGGGAUCUGGCGAUAGCCAGCAGAAGGGCGUGUCAACUUUCAUGUCAGAAAUGCUCGAGACAGCUUCAAUACUCAGGUCAGCUACAAAAGAUUCCUUAAUCAUCAUAGAUGAGCUUGGCAGAGGUACAUCUACUUAUGAUGGGUUUGGCCUGGCCUGGGCUAUUUCUGAGUAUAUAGUAACAAAGAUCAAGUGCUUCUGUUUAUUUGCAACUCAUUUCCAUGAACUGACAGCUUUAGCUGAUGUUGUUCCCAUGGUAACCAACAUGCAUGUGACAGCCAUGACGUCUGAAGGCACUUUGACUCUACUCUACAAAGUUAAGCCAGGAGUAUGUGACCAGAGUUUUGGUAUUCAUGUUGCUGAACUGGCUCACUUCCCUCAAAGUGUAAUAGAGUUUGCAAAGCAAAAAGCUGCUGAGCUGGAGGAUUUUCAGGGUAGUACAGCAGAACUUGGUGAAGGAAUAGUUGAUCAACAUUCAGGAUGUUCUCCUUCCAAAAAGAGAAGAAAAAUUAAGCAGGAAGGAGAGAUGAUUAUCAAGGAAUUCCUAGACCAAGUAAAGAACCUGCCAAUGGACUCCAUGACAGAUGAUCAAGUUGUAAAAGAAGUAGAUCAGCUUAAACAAACUGUUCUGGAUAAAGAUAAUCCUUACAUACAAGAACUGGUUUCAAAUGAUGUCAGGUCUUCAAAGUGCCUAUCACCCUUCUGACAAUAAUCACAGUUGUAUUGAUUCUAAAUGAGGGUUAAUAUCAGUGUGAUAAAGCCGUGAAUGAAAACCGUAUCAAUGAAUUGAUAUGAUAUCAUUUCACAGUGAACUGGAAAUUAUUGUAAAUUUUGAUUUUUUUUCACAAUCACCUUUUCAUUAUCUAAAGAAAUAAUUUUGAAGGCUAAUAGGCACUAAUAACACAGGAUACAAAAAAAUAGGUGCUCAAUAAGUGCAUGUGGCUACUGCCAUAAGAAAUUGUUGUUAUGUAGGAAAGGAAUGGAGGAAGUUGGUAGCUGACUAUUGAGAUACAUGAAGGAUAUAUAGGUAAUUGAAUUAGCGGUGUUUGGUGAAAAAAAUGUAAAUGUUAAAAGUAAAGGUUUAUAUUGAAGAAAUAGAGAAACUCAUGUGCGUGUUGUGUGCUGUCAUAAAGCACGCGGGGGUUGGCAUAACGCGAGAGAAGUGUUAAGAGAUG